UUAUGUUUAUAUCGCAUGUUUGAAAAGUGUGGUUAGAGUUACAAAUUAUUUUUUUAAAUUAUUAAUCGAAAAUGUUUAAAAACAAAAUAAAUUGGAAACCCGUCCCCGUUGAAGAUCCUAAUUUAAACGCCGAAGGUUUAAUUGCUUUCGAAGAAUGUACAGAUUAUGAUUUGAUGAAUGAAAAACCAUGUAAAAAGGCCCAAGUCCGUAAAAACUCUAUCGAUAUAGAAAAACCGGCGAAGAAAAAACGUAAAUUGUCUUCUGUGAGCAAAAUAUCUGGUUUAACACCCUCAAAACAAGGCAGUAGUGUAGAAACUCAGGUUGAAAUUAACGAUAAAAUUGAGACAACAGACAGUUAUUUAGUUUGGAGUAACUUUGGGUUGCCUGAUUUAAUUAUUAAGGCGCUUGUUUUGCAAGGUUUUCAAGAACCAACGUUGAUUCAGUCGCUGUCGUUACCUGCUGCAAUUUUGGGGCGAAGAGACAUUUUAGGAGCUGCUGAAACGGGAAGUGGCAAAACACUAGCAUUUGGUUUGCCAAUUGUGGCAGGAAUUUUAAAUGAAAAAUGUAAAAAUGAGGGAAAUCCAAAUAAAAAUUUGUAUGCGUUAAUUUUGACACCAACGAGGGAACUGGCGGUACAAGUGAGAGAUCAUUUAAAAGCAAUUGUGAAAUUUACAGAUAUAAAUAUUGCGGUGGUGGUCGGUGGCAUGGCUGCAGUGAAACAAGAACGAAUUUUGAAUAAAAGCCCAGAAAUUGUUGUUGCAACUCCAGGCCGUUUGUGGGAAUUAAUCCAACAAGGCAAUGAACAUUUAUCACAAAUAAAUGAUAUCAAAUAUUUUGCAAUUGACGAAACUGACCGAAUGUUGGAAAGAGGCCACUUUGAGGAAUUACACAACAUUUUAGAACGACUCAAUCUUGAUAAAACAAAAGCCAAGCAAAGACAGAAUUUUGUCUUUUCUGCAACACUCACUUUAGUACACGAUUUACCAAAAUACCGGUUCAAUAAAUCAAAAGUUUCUAAAAUGACUCCGCAACAAAAACUUAGUAAGAUUAUGAGCGAUUUAGGUAUAAAAAAUCCGAAAAUUGUGGAUAUAAGUCAGGGUGGAAACACACCGGCAACUUUAACUGAAAGUCGAAUUAGUUGCGGGAUUGAGGAAAAGGACUAUUACGUUUAUUAUUUUUUGCAAAAGCAUCCGGGCAGGACUUUGAUUUUUUGUAAUUCAAUCGGGUGUGUGCGACGAUUGGCGAACUUGUUGAGCAUUUUGGGGUGUAAGCCUUUGCCUCUUCAUGCUUCAAUGCAACAGAGACAACGUUUGAAAAAUUUGGAACGUUUUAGGGACGACGAGCAUGGCAUUUUGGUGGCCACUGAUGUAGCAGCUCGAGGACUAGAUAUUCCUAAAAUCGAGCAUGUUUUGCACUACCAGACACCCAGAACAAGUGAAAGUUAUGUUCAUAGGUCUGGCCGUACAGCUCGUGCGACUCAGCAAGGCCUCACUGUAGUUUUAAUGGAGCCUUCUGAAAUACAGAAUUACAUAAAAAUCUGCAAAACUUUGAAUAAAAGUGAAGAUUUGCCGAUUUUUCCGGUACAGGAAGAGUACUUAAAAGCCGUCAAACAACGAGUGAAUUUAGCACGAGAAUUGGACAAAUUGGAAUUGCAAAUACGAAAGGGAAAUUCAGAAGAAGGCUGGUUACGUAAAGCAGCGAAAGAGAUGGAUAUUAUCGUCGAUGAUUUUUCGAAAAAAUUCGAUUCUGAUGAAAUUUCGACGCAGAAAAAACUAGCAGAUGUUAGGAGAAAACAGUUAACGGCAUUACUUACCAAACCCAUUUUUCCGAAAGGAUUUAGUGGAAAGUAUCCGCUUAAUUUCGGUGAAUUUUCCCCAAAUUUGGAGAACGAAUCAGCUUUGCAAACUGUCAAAAAAUCUGUUGAGAGAGGAUUGAAGGAGAAAAAACGUAUACGGCUUUAUAAACCAAAAAAAAAAUGUUAAAAAUUCAAAAUAAAUGUUUUAUUAGAAUAAAACGAAA